CAGGCAGUGCGGCCGCUCCGCGCUCCCGCCCCCGGGAGUCGGAUUUGGCGCCUCCCCCACGGCGGCUGGAGCCCGGAGGUGGGGUCGGGAGCCAGAGCCCGGGGCUCUGAUGUCACCGCGCGGCCGCAGUCCAGGAGCGCGUCUCGGUUGGAGCUCAGGACCGCGUGGUCCCCUGCGCGAGUUUUGAGCCCUCCUUCCCCGACGGUGAACCCCAAAGGAAAGACCGAGAAAUGCGCCGGUCGGGGGCCAUCCACUCUGCCAGUGUCCGCGAGGCGUCGCUCUCCUGCCGCACCGCCUGACUGUCGCCCUCUGUGGCCACCAGACCUGUGCAUCUUGCCUCCCUGACGCACCUCAACUCAGCUUGAAGCCCCAGGCCUCACAGAGCUGGCCUGCCUCCGCCCUCGUCCGAGCAGCCAUGGAGGCCCUGGGUCCCGGAGGUGACCGCACCUCCCCGGCCUCAUCCACUCGCAGCUUGGACUCGCGGCGGUUGUCUGCGCCCACCGACUCAGCCUACAGCUCUCUCUCUGCCGCCUCAGGCGGUCCUGAGCCUCCAGAGCCGCGCACGCCGUUGCCUUCGCCGGGGACCCAGCAACUUCCCUACCUGGACUGGGACUACGUGCGCGUGGUGUGGGGCGGCCCGGCCUCCGCCGCCGGGCUUCGCACUUCCCCACAGCCCCGGCCCGCGGCCGCCGCACGCAGUGGGCCACGUCGCCCCGAAAAGGGGACCCCGGGACCGCUCAGCCGCCAGACCACCCCUCUGCUGUACGCGCUGGCGGCCGAGGCUGAGGCCUCGGCGCGGGCCGCCGAGCCGCCCAGCCCGCCCGCCUCGCGGGCCGCCUACCGCCAGCGGCUGCAGGGCGCGCAGCGGCGAGUGCUCCGGGAGACGUCCUUCCAGCGCAAGGAGCUCCGCAUGAGCCUGCCCUCACGCCUGCGGCCCGCGCCCCCCGCGCGGCCCUCGGCCGAGCACCCGCGCUCCGCCUCGCUCAGCCACCCCGGCGGGGAAGUAGAGCCGGCGAGCUCGGGGGCUCCCACCCAGCAGCGGAAGUGGUGCUUCUCAGAGCCAGGGAAACUGGAUAGCCUGGGUAGGGGUGCUGGGUUGGCGAGGCAAUGCUCGGGAGAGGUCUGCUCCAGCUCUGGCUUCAUUAGGCCGGAGCCUUGGGAAUGGCAGCAGAGGACGCUGGCUGAGUUCGAAGGUCACCAGAUCAGAUGGCUGCCUGCGACUCAGCCCCCAAGCAUAGAGGACCCGAAACCCCGGCCCUUGAAGCUUGGCAAUGCCUACAGGCCUGCCGCCAGUCGGAGUCGGAGCGCUUCCGGGGAAGUCUUGGCCCCCUGGGGAAGUCCAGAAGGUGUCAUGCCCAUUGCCCAGGCUGUUCCCCAAGGAGCAGAAACCCCCAGACCACCGUUGCAGACCAAACUUAACAGGUUCCUGAAUCAGAAGGAAGCUACAGAAGUGUGUCCUGCAGAGGGCCCCCAGAGCGGUCCCUCUGACUGUGAGCAGAGGGGCUCAGAGAACUGCAUUGUGUCUGCUCGGCUCCCAUCCCUUCCUGAUGAUGAAGUUUUCCUGGAAGAAGCCCCCCUGGUCAGAGCAAGAUCACCUGCAGACUCCCAGACUCCCCUGGGGCUCCCAACCUGUGUCCAUGUCUCUGACCAGGAGUACGGCGCUGGCUUGAGUCAAAGGACUGACCAAGCUAUAAUCCCCCCAGAGCAGCCCCUCCAUGAGGACCCAGAAACUGCAGGGGUGGAUGAGUGUUGGCAGGGGUUAAACGGUUCUGUGAAUGUUUCCGGGCCUACAUGCUGUAGCCCCCCUGAGACUGCAAAUGGUGACAUCCUUACAUUUGACCCCACUGGACUGCUGACGACUGUUCCCCCCACAGCUGCAGAGACUGACCUCAAACCUUUCCCAGGUGAUACCCUGGGACCUCCAGACAAUGAUACCCCAGGGCCCCCUGACCACAGUGCCCUAGCUUGGGGCCCUGGGGAGCCUGGUCCCAGGUCAACAUGGCCCAGUCCACGCCUCGAGGAGCUGGUUCAGGAGCUGGCCAGAUUGGAUCCCUCUCAGAGUGACACUUUCCCCUCCUAUCCCAGCCCAGAGCCAUCCCUGGGUCUGCUAGAUGGACUGAUUCCGUUAGCUGAGGUCUGGGCUGCAAUGAGACAGGGCUGUAGGGAAGCUGGAGAGGAGGCUGCUGGUAAUUCUGAGCCAGGGUCCUAUCUACUUAACUCCACCCAGCACCUGCCAACUUCUCAGGAGGAGACAAGGCCUGAAAACCUUACCACCCACGUUGUGCCUGACCAACCAUGUGACCAGGGUACUUCAAAGCCAAAUAACAGCAUCCAAGCCAAGAAAGCAGAGCUGGCGGACCUCCUCCAAAAGAUGCUAAGGGACCUUCAGGCCGAGCAGAAGCAGCUGCAGGGAGCGGCCCAGGCUUGGGCCAGGCGCGGAGCUGCUCUGGAGGCCGCCGUUGGCCAGGCCUGUGCACCCCACGAGCUGGAGCGGUUCAGCCGGUUCAUGGCUGACCUAGAGCGCGUGCUUGGCCUCCUGCUGUUGCUGGGCAGUCGCCUGGCCCGCGUGCACAGCGCCCUGGCCCGGGCGGGUGCCGACAGCGACCCUGAAGAGCAGGCCUCUCUGCUGCAGCGACUGGGGCUCCUGCAGCGGCAGGAGGAAGAUGCUAGGGAGCUGAAGCAGCACGUGGCGCGGCGGGAGCGGGCCCUCCGCGAGCUGCUGGCGCGCGCACUGCCGGCAGAGGAGCUGAGCGCCUACCGCACCCUGUUGGCCGGCAAGGCCGCCGUCCUGGCCCAGCAGCGCAGCUUGGACGAGCGGGUCCGCCUUAUUCAGGACCAACUGGACGCAGUCAGGAACGACCUUGGCCGUCAUCCCUCGCCUCCCAGGCCGGCCUUCCCCUCAGGGACCCAUCCUCCGGAUAAACCGCCCUUCCCCCCUCCCCUCAUCUAGUUACAGGUGGUGAGGGUGGGGAGCAUUGCCCUUGCUUCUCACCCACAUGAUUCCGGAUCACGCUGGUUUAUUCGGUGCUUUUCCCGUGGGGUGGGGAAGACCCAGGCCUGGCUUUGCCGGGGUACUUCUUCCAAGUGUUCUCAUGUGGUCUUUCCCAAGUCUUGUGGAUUAUCUGGUAGUUAACUGAGAAAUUUAAAAUCUGCAGUAUUCUCUCCUUCUGUGAUGAGAAAGAGUUUCAGUAAGGGUUGGUUGGAGGGAGAUGAGACAAGUCAGAGAAGCACUUCAACUUAAGAUUCAAAAUGGCCAUUUCUUUUCCCUCUCAAUAAAAAAAUUGAUGAAGUAA